AUGGCGUCAAUAACACACCUGCGGGUCAGAAACAGCAUGCCCUCAUGUUUAUGGACCGUGUCGACUACCCUGUGCAACAAGCAUAUAGUCUUGGGGAAAGAGAAGUCACAGUCCGAGAUCCUCGACGACUCGCCGAAAGUUCUGGUGUUGUUGUGCUAACGCCUACUGACCACAUCCUCGGCAACGUCUACGAAAAUCAGGACAUCAACGAAAUAAACUCGUUUCCUCCUCGAUUCAAAGCUACCAGUCAAUCAGUUGGCCAUGUUAUGCGGAAAAGCAAUCCGAUCAAGCCGUUCGCAAGGUUUGACCCUGCAGCGAUGACGCCGCAAUUGGCCCAUGAUACGGAUGAGUGGGACGAGUCUCUAGUCCUUUACCUGCUGCCGCCCACGCCACCAGUCAAAAGAGGAAACGGAACAAUAAUCAGGCCUUUGCCAUCAAAAAAUUCAGAGGCUCGCCAUUUGUUCAUCUUUUCGGUUCUAAACCAUAACCACCCGUCUCCCGAUCUAUUUAGUAUGUGGAUACCCAAAAUCACUGUACCAAAUAUUUGGCGCCACUCUUUGGUGCUUGCAACACCCUCUAAUACGUCGUCAUCGUCGAGGGAGGGUUCACCAUCCAAACUCCCCGUAGGGAUUUUCACUGGCAUGAAAAUCAAGAUCAUCGAUGCAAAGCUAACACCGAAAGUUGUCGCUGAGCUCUCGGAUAUGGCCGAGGAGAAUGGUGGCAGGCUCAUCGCAAACGCCGACAAAGCUGAUGUUGUCGUGACCGAGAUUGGAUCUAGGAUCAGAUUAGAGCGCCAUAUUACAUGGGAAGCCGCG